AGUACCACUGCUGCUGUAUCGCCGAUCAGCUCGACCACCCCUCUGAAUGUCUUCGCACAUCCAAAAGUCGUGCGUGGUGAGGACACAGGGGCUUGAAGCGACAUUGAGUGACAGCAAAAAGAAGUACGGCGACAAGGUGAAUGCACUUCUGUCCGCCUGGGAGCAUGUCACCAAUUUCAUUCCUGGGGCAACGCCAGAGGCCACCCAGUCUCUCAUAGAAUGGGCUCACAAACACACGUUGAAAUUGGUUCUGCGCGGGGAGUGGCCAAAGUUGUCACCCGCGACAAAGACGCACCUCAGCGUAACAUUACAGAGGUGCGCGUCUCACCUGGUGCAACACCCCGCUGCACCCAGGUGCACUGCCCUGAUAGCUCUGGUGCACAAUCCAUGGACUCAUCCCGCACUCGACAGCAUACUUAACGGCCAACCGGAUUCCGAACAUGAAGAGGAAUUCUGCUGUUCGGAGAAAGGCGAAUUGUUAACGAUGAGGCUGAAAAUACUUUGCGAGGACCGCUGCGAGGACAUAGCGGUGAACCUCGCCGCCGCUUGCGUACGUUCCCUGCGGCAAAGCGAUCGGCUGCGCUCGGUCUCGGAUUCUCAUCACGUUCAUUACAUGAUCGACGUCUAUAUCGUUCUAUUGUAUAAAUUGAAACGCACGCAAGAUAUAUUCGCUCAAUUAAAAUUAAUGGAUCUUAGCGACGGCCUGGAAUUGGUCCAGAGGCUCAGCGGCGAAAAACCGACGAAAUAUGGGACCGCGCGAGUUUGGAGGAAUUCGAUAAAGGCUGCCGAAUUGGUUGCACAAUAUCUUGUUACCGCGGGGAUGGUGCGGCCCGUGCCGGAGACGGGCGCGAACAUUCUCGAGCAGAUCCUGAACUCCUGGGCGUCGUUGCACUCGAAAUUGAAGGACGUCGCCUCCACGUUGCCGGGGAUGAUACGGAAAUUGAUCGAACCCGCCGAGAGCGCUCAGCACAUUUAUAUCUUCUGCGCGGUACUCGCGAAACACUUUGGCGACAGCAUAAAACCCCUGGUGAUCGAGCUGUAUAUAAGAGCGUUGACGACGGACAUGAAUGAGCUGGAGAGUCAGAAGGCGAAGUCGGACAAGGACAAGGUCCGCGAGACGGCGAAGCGGUUGAGCACGCAGUUCUUGAAGCUGGCCGACGUGGUCGGUAGCAACAUCGGGAUCGCUAGGGAGUGUGUGUUGACGGCGUUCUCGUUGCACCCGACUAGGACCUGCUACGACAGGAUCAAGGAUAUCGCGGUGGCGUGCGGGAAAACGAAGGAGGACAGGCCAAAGUCUGGCGAGGGUGUCGACAAACUGAAGUACGCGUUGGACGGCCAUCAUUCUAAUGGGACUGCGACCGGGCCUGGAACCGAGGCUGAGAUCGAGACCGAAGGCGGCGAGAAGAGAGGAGAGACCGCGACGGACUUGACGAGCAAGAAGGGCCUCGAUUUCCAGAACGGGCAGGUCAGCAAGACCUUCGAGCGGACCGAUCAGCUGCUCAAGAGCCUGCUGACCACCGCGAAGAAAGGCGAGUCCGGGAUCCCGACGACCGACAAGUGUCCACUGCACCCCAAGAGAGACACCCUGUCUGGCACGCCGCUAGGCGAGCUCUGCUUCCACUGCGGCGAGUUCACGGGCAACGACAUCUCUGGUACCGGAGCUCUCGGCAAGCCGUCCGGGCUCUCCGAGGUGAGCGAGCCGGCGUCCAGGAACAUGGAGAGGUCGCUGGACGCGCUGAUCCUGAUCAAGGGGGACGCGGUCACCGGUUCCGCAAACUACGACGAGAAAUCGGUGCCGAACCAGGUGCUCGACGGGCAGAAGCUCGGCUUGUCGCCUCAGCUUUGCGACGACCUGUCCGUGGUUCUCAGCAGUCCCCGUUACCACAUGCUCACCUGGGUCCUCGACUGGAAAGAGCUGAACGGCCUCUGCGAGCGGUACUUGGAGAACGCCGAAGAGAUGAGGAACACUAACAAGGAGCUCAAGUAUCUCAACAUCGACUAUUCGCAGUUCAAGGACUGGCCCUCGGAGGACGACACCAAGGACAUAUUCUUUGGGAUCGAGAAGGGCUACGAGCAAUGGGUCGACCUACCUUCGGACAACUCCGAGCAAUUUGGCAGCUUCCAGCCAGCCGGCACUUACAAGAGGUCCUCGACCAGGAGGAGCUUAGACGACACCACCACCACGGACUCGGACAGCGGCAGUAUGCUGCGGGUGAGGCGAGCGAGCAGGGCGAGGAAGAUCCAUCGGCUGGAAUCGUCCGAGAGCGAUUACGACAGCGCCGAUCGGAAGUUGAAGCACUUCAGGAAUAGCUCCGUUUCCGACAGCGACAGCAACACGCAGGACAGCCAGACGGACAGCUUGGGCAGCGACGGGUGUCGGCUAGAAGCGAAGAAGAAGUCGAGCAAACCGGCUGGUAAGGAGACCAGCAAGAAGCGGUCCAAGUCGACCAAGUUGACCGUCGAGUCCGUUUCGCACUUCCACAUGCUGGUGAACGAAAACGUACGGCAUGGCAACGCCAACGAGGACGCGAGCGGCUCCGACGUCAGCAGCAACGACAUCAUCACCCUGUUCUCCGCUGAUAUGGACGAGGACAAGAGGGAGACGAUCAAAGGGUCCGCGUACACGGCCGCCGCUCCGCUGAUCAUCACCGAGAGAAGAAGCGAUCCCGCGGUGCUCAAGUCCCUCAGGAUGUUCAGGCCACAGAACACGAAGAAGCCAACCAGAAUCUCUCAAAUACUGCAAAAAAACCUGUUGAACAAAAGCAAAGAUCACAACAACAUGGACAACAACGCGAGCAGCGUGAGCAAGUUCGCUCCGAUGCUCAGUACGCUGAACCUAAAUCCGAAGAUCGUGCUGACCCGAGCGGACGAGAUCGACAGACGAUUAAUUCGCUCGAAGAAGCAGCAGCGGUUGAGUACCGGGGACAUCACCAGUGAGCUAAUGAACAUCCAGAAGAACAUGCCGUUCCCUCCAAACAAGAACGCGAUGUCGACCUAUCAGAAGCAGAAGGGAACCGGCGGGACGAACGCGGACAAGUCGGACCUGGCCGCGAGCGAAGGCCGUGGCAUAAACUCAAAGUCAGGCCUGGGAAAGAGAAAGUUCGACAUUUUGGCAAAAGCUGUCCGAGACUCGGACAUCUUAGCGAAGAACGUGCCGGGUAUGAAUUCGUUGGACAUGAUGGUGCCGCCGCGGAUGCGGCCCACCGUGAACGUGGUGCAGCUCUCCCGAAACAUUCCACAGAGCCCGAACUCGGGUUCGGUCAACAGCGGCAACACUCCGCCCCGACCCAACAGAACUCCGAGCGUCGCGGGCAGCAUCCAGCUGCCGGGUACGCCCUCGUCGGGGGGUCACGACAGCGGAGUCGGCAUGAGCCCGGCAGGCCAGACCCCGCCACCCAGGUCCUCGGCGCUGCCCGAUGUCGGCGAAGAGGCCAAUCAGCCACCGGACGGCUCGCCGGCCUCCUCGGCCAACGUCUCCGGCCAGCUUGACUCGGACUCCAGUCCGAGGACCGGGCCGAUUCUUCGUCGGAAUCAGCAGAACCAGUCAUCGCCGAAGAAGUCCCUAUCCCCGUGUUCAACGGUGACCACCACCACUACCACAACGACCACCGCAAGCUCGACCAUCGGCUCAGCCAUCGGCUCGGCGACGAUCGCAUCUGAACAGCUGCAGAUCGUCUGCAAGCCGGACGGCACCUACCAGCUAGCAUCCGUGAAUCCGAACCUGGUCUCCAGCCAGAGGAAUGUGCUCAGUCUGCAGAACAUGGAGGACGCCGCCACCGGUGGUGGAGGUGUAGGUAGUUUCUCGCGACAGAACCAACACACGGAGAACGCGACUAGAAACACAUAUGAGAGACUGACCGCGGCCAAAACGAACACAACGCAGUCCGGUCAGAACGCCGGCUUGCCCAAGUUCCAGCAGGCCUUUCGCAAAACCAUCUACACCCUGUCGACGGACGCGACGUCCGGUGCGGUGUCCGGGCCUGCGUCUGAGACACUCGUUCAGGCCGCGUCCCCGCAGAAGACCGCGAAUCUGUCGAAGGCGGUACAGACGUCGGUUCCGAGCAGUCAACAGCCGAACGCUGCCGCCGGGAUCAACGUGCAGUCGAUCGCUAACAUUCCGAACGCGUUACAGCUGUCCACCAGCAGGCAAAUAUUGAACAUCGUGCAGAGCUCAACGGCCAGCAACACGACGAACGUUGCCGCGAGCCCCAACACCGCGAAUCAGACGCUUACGCAGUUGGUGCAGAACGUCCAGAACGCCUCGCCGGGGGUGAUAUACACGCACAAAAUCCCAGUCACGAUAUCAACCACGAACCCGAGCCAAUUGAAUAUCAUCCCGACGAUAUCUCACGCGAAUUCGAUACCGGCCGGCAGGACACCCGUGGUCAAGCUAAACAUCAUUCGAACAUCCGCGCCGCUCCGUCAGCAGAACAUCACUGGAGCCAUCCAGGCGGUUCUAACGACGCCGAGGUUGCAGCAGCAGCAACAGACACAGCAACAACAACAACAGCAACAACAACAACAGCAACAGUCGCAGCAACAACAACCGCCGACGGUGAGAACGGAGAGUCUGAUCGGCUCGCCCAUUGAAGUACCGAACCAGGUAAGCUCGACCACGCUCGAGCAACUUCGGGAGUUCGAGAGCGUGUUGGAGCAGGUCAAGGAGAGAAGCACGAUCCAGCCGCAGACUCAUCAAAUGAUAUCGACUGCAGCGACAACCACCGUGCAGACGCAAACCACCACGCAACAGACCGUGCAAGCUAGUAAGCCACAACAACAACAACAACAGCAGCAACCGCAAUCGCAACAACAGCAGCAGCAACAACAACAGCAGCAGCAACAACAACAACAGCAACAGCAACAGGUUUCUGUGAGCGCCCUCGCACAACAGCUGCUGAUGCCCACACAGCAGCAACAGCAGCAACAACAGCAGACCAACAACGAUUUUGCAAGCAAUGGUAGCGCCGUAAACUUUCAGCAGGACAUCUUCUCACAAAAGGUCUCGCUGGCGUACGUGAACCAGAGCACCGGCACGGUAGCCGCGAAAACCCCGAACUCGACGCCCGUCGUCGUGGUUACGAGCUAUUGUCAACCCGCCGCUUCGCCUGCCCUAAGCGUGACCUCGCAGAGUUCUUCCAGUCCGUGCGUGACGCCGGCACCCGCGCCGAUACCUUCCGCUGGGAAGACACCACCCACACCGCCGUCCGCGAAAACGGUGAAAAAGUCGGCGCCGAAAACUCUGAAGACAAGCGCGACCAACACGUCGAAGGCUUCGCCGAUCCCAAAGCCGCAGCAAAAGCCGCAGGAGGACGAGCAGACCGCGCAAAGGAUCUACGCCAUCUUGGACGAGUACGCGGAGCAGCUACGGAAUUCGCCGGAUUUAAACAACAAACCAGCUCCGAGAAGAAGAUCGAAUCCACCGACAAACCCCAGCCAAUCCUCGAAGCGGAAAAAGUCUGGCGCGAACAAGGUGAAGCCGGUCGGCCAGCAAAACUCGGAGCUGAGCCCGAGCACCGACGAUCUCGGCCGGACCAUGGGCAGUGAGGACUCGUCGAGCGGCGUGGUGCAUGUGCAGGACAGCCCUGCCGGGUUCCCGCCCCCCGAAGAGCCGACCGGGAAUGUCGCCAGCGUGACGGACGCGAACGCCGAGGUGCGAAACCUGACCAACGACUCGAACGACGGGGUCGAGCUGAACGUCAAGAGGCGAAACCUGAUCUUCGCGGAGCCGGGUUCCGGUCAGCCAAGGGCGGUGAUCGUUCAGGAAGCCGUGCAAACCGGCUCGGUGAGCGUAAGCGAGGCUCUAGCCUCGGUCACCGGGAAGAUGGGCAGUACGGCGGUUCUGGUCCCAGGCACCAACUAUAUCCUGCCGAUGAAUCUGAUGAAGGGCGCCCAGCAAUUCACGAUAGUGUCCAGCGGUUCCAAGCUGCUCGCCACCGUGCCCGCCACGGUUCGAACUACCGGGAACACGGGCGUCUCGAACACAUUGGUCCUCCAGUCCUUUCUGAAUCAGGCGGGCAAGAUCAUCUCGCAGCCGACGCAGGUCAAACAGGUGAAGAUCCCGACACUGCAGACCUUGUCUGGCAACCAAACGUUGGCUGCCGCGCAGAACGUGCAAGCCGCCUCGGUGGUGAUUCCGCAGACGACUGGCACCGGCAGCUCUUUUGCCUCCGAAACAGAAAAAACCGGCAUCGUCGGAGACCUCAGCAUGGCGAAAAGCGACUCGACGGUCGCAACGGUCGCGACAAGCGUCGAGGCCCCGACGAACGCCAUCGUCGUCAACAAAAGCAACUCCGCAAUCGGCCUGAUACAACGGAAUCUGAACGAGGCGUCCGAGAGUCAGCAGAUCUGCGGCGUCAUCACCAGCAAUCCAAACCUCACGCUCCAGAGCGCUAGGCUAUUCAAUUCGUCGAUGCACAAACUGUCGACGUCCGGCGGACUCAAGUCGGACAAUGUGGUGUGCCUGACGCCGACCACGGCAGCCAUCGCCCACACGCCCGAGAAGAAACCGCCCCAGGAGACACAGGUUCACAACGACAAGCCCGUGGCCAUUCAACCAGGAGCCACGAUCGCUCUCGCUUUCGCAAGCCAGUCGGACGUCUCUAUGCUGAACGACACCACACAGCAACACCAACAUCAACACCAACAUCAACACCAACACCAACAUCAACACCACCAACACCAGCACCAGCAACAACAGAAAGAUGCGAAGGAAGUGGCGUCGACGGACAUCAUUUCAGGCGGCAAGAUCAUCUCGCCGAAAACGGUCAAAAGAAAAAUCGACGACGCUAUGGGUAUGUCGUCGGUGAACCUACCGAAAAGCUUGAUCGCGUCCAACUCGAUCGUUUCUAGCGGCGCGACCUCGUUGCAGAAUAACGCGACGAUCGAUUCCAUGUCCACGAUAGUGACGAGCAAGCAGUCGGGGGGCAUCGACAACACAGCCCAGUUUUUGGUGACAGGUGGUCCAAGCAGCUCCGACAGCCAGGAGUCGCCGGUGCAACAGUCGGCCGAAGGUAUCGACGUAUCUUGCAAGGUCGUCGGAAACGGCCUGCUGUACGGGAACGCGAGGCUGCAGGAAGCUUGGGAGCCGGAGGGCAAAGUGUCGCCGGACACGCCGUGGCGAUACGUACCCACUUCGACAAAUUCGUUAAACAUCGAACCGCUGAACUCACGAUACGCCGACAACUCGGAGAACGUGCAGAGCGUGCUACAGAUCAUCAACAAAGGCCAGGGGAUCGAGAUGGCGGGCGGGCAGAUUUACCAGACGAACACUAAAAAGUACUUCAUGAACCACACGCUGGAACCGUUUCAGCAGUACACGAACAAGAGCAACGCGAUGAAGACUCCGCUAAAUCCGAGGCUGGACCGGGAACUGUUGCAGCAGAAGAUGGAAAGAAAAGCGGCGGCGAUCGAACGCGAGAUGAGGCUACAGAAGAGUCUAUCGGAAGAGUGCGAGGACCUGGGCGUGGACGAGCCAAGCACCAGCGAUCUGUUCCCCGAGGCGGAUCUGCUGUUCGACACGAACCAUUCGCCGUCGUUCGAUCAUUCGUCGCAGGAUGCGUCCUGCAGCCAGCCGCUCGGCAUGAAGUCGUACAGCGGUUCUUACUUCCGGUCGUUGGACUCGUCGAGCGGCAGCAGAGACGCCAGUCCGGUCGGCGAUUUCAAGACUAGCAACGAGCGCAGGAGGAACGCCGGCCAGCGAACCAGAUCCUCGAAGGACUCGUCCAAGAGAUCGAAGCGAGACAAGGCGGAAGACUUGCACCUCGAGAACCCGGCGAAGCACAUGCGACUCACUCUCGACAACUCGAGUCAAGACGAGGCGUCGAAUAGCAACUCGGACAUUUCGAGGCUGUCGCCGACGCAUUUGGGCUCGUUGGAGAACGACUCGCCGAAGGUGCAAGGCCGGGCGAAGGUUGCGUCUCGGAACGGCUCGAAGGAGGGUUCGCCGAGCAGCGUAUCCAGCAUCCCGUCCAACAUGAAGUUGGACAUCGACCUGGAUUCGGAAUCGCUUCCAGCGACGAUCAACGUGAACAACGCAUCCGCGGCAAGCUCCGGGGACGAGAGCCUGACCUUGCUCAGCGGGAACACGGCCGACGUGACGAUACCCUCGCCUCUGUCACCGAUGGCCGGCCCGAUGCUCUCCACGCACAAGUAUACCUACACCAACAAGAAGCGGAUCGCCUCGAAGGUAACGAGGAUGGACUACCUGUCGUGGGAAAGCCCGAUGUCCGAGAGGACGAGAUCCAGUAGCGACGAGGAGGACUCCAGCGUGAGCGAAUCAAUUGGCAGCCAGCCGGAGGAGAAUGCGCUGAGCAACGGCCUCGACGACAACAUUCAGAACUUAAAGUCGCUGGUGGGUGGCGAACGUCGGUGCAGUUAUCUUAAGAAAAAAGACAAGCUGCAGGUGAACGCGAGAGUGGUGCUGAACCGAGCCGAACAUAAAAGCGGCGGUGGUGGCGGCGGCGGAGGCGGCGGUAUAGGCGGUGGCAUAGGCGGUGGCAUAGGCGGUGGCAUAGGCGGUGGUGUAGGCGUAGGGGUUGGCGGUGCUGGCGGAGGCGGUGGUGGUGUUGGGCUGUCGAAACGCAUCAAAGCGACCACCGCCGAAAUGAUCCAGGAUUCGGUGAUGAUCUCCAGCGACAAGGCGAGCGAAGCUUCGGACGACGAGGGCGGAAAUAUCGCGCUGGUCGAGCCCGAUUGUCGAGCCAGGAGGUCAAGCUUGCGCGGCCACGUGAAGAAGGGCUGCGCCUGCUGUAACGGCUCUCCCGAAAGACCGAAGAAAAAGUCGGUGAAGUCCGAACACUCGAAACUCAAGAAAAGGCUGUCCUCGAAGCAGACCGGAAAGAAGAGGUAGUCCUAGCGAUCGAAGGCUCGCCGGAGUAUCGCGUGCGCCGCCACGAUGUUACGCUCAUUCCUGCGACGCGCGACUCGGUCCACUCCAUCCUUGGAGAAGAGGAGCGAAUGCUGGAGAUGGAGGAGAAGACGGAAGAGAAGGAAGACGUUUGAUCGACCGAACCGAAUUAGGGAUAGUUUUUGUUCGCGCGACUCGGACGAGACGAUGAAACUAAAAAUGGCUUGUACAUAUAUACGUAGCUGUGCGAACGCGAAGGUUCUUUGCGGGAGAAAUUUUUUCUGAUAUCCACGUAACUCUCGUUGCGUGUGUGCGGUAUGUGUGCGUAUGCGAGCGUAUGUCUGCGUGUCUGUCUGUCCUCUGUGUAUGCAUGGGUGCGCGCGCGCGCGCGUGCGUGCGUGCGUGCGUGCGUGUGUUUGCGCGUGCCUAUCCCCCGCAUAGGCGACAAUGUUACUCGCGAGACGAUUUUCUUCGUAAAUAUAAAUUCAUACCGACAAUUUGUUACGUUGGUCGCAAGAUGAAAGAGCUUUUUUUGUUAUGAGGAGAGAGCGAGAGAAAAAGAAACGGCGAGGAAAUGUACGAUCUCUGCGAGAAUAGAUCAUCCUUUUACCGCUAGAUGUUAUUACGAUACCUAGGUGUAAGGUGCAGAUUAUAAAUGAAUGGCAGACUUAGAUUAAAUCGUUAAGAAUAUUAGAGACGCAAUCUAGUCAAGAGAUAAGGUUUGUGGCGAGGCUUAGGCGCGCUUGGGAGAGAGUAAGAGGGAGAGCAAGGGACAGAGUGAAUGGGAAAAGCGAGGGGCGGAUCAUGAGGUGCACGAUUGCGAUCCAGAACGAAUUGCACGGUUGGCAAAUGUAAACGGAGAGCGUGUCCGCGAUUGUAUAAAGACGAUAGAGACAUCCCCUCGCAGACUAUAAAGAGCCUGAAUCUAUAAAUUCUCUCUACUGUAUAUCUAUCGCGACAAAUACUAUUCCACGUUCUUACACAGUGUGGUCAGACUGAGUAGACAAAAUAGAGUCUACAUAGAUCUCGUUCGGUGAGGUAACGUAGUAAGACAACACGCAUUGAACUUUUGCCUUUCCGCGUAACGCUUCUCGGUACAUAUAGAACCUUAACUUUAUAAUUGCGACACCAUCCUUGUAAAUUGUAGCAUCAUACCUUUGACGGAAGAAGAAAAGUCGACGGGAGAAUCGAAUGAAUGAUCGACGAAACCCGAGAACGGAAGAAUUAAACGAUAUCGUGUGGAGAGAUAGACGGGAGAUAGGAAAAAUCGAUGAGAUAUACAUACAUAUGUAUAUAUAUGUAUAAUAUAUAUAUAACAUAUGAUAUAUAAUAAUACAAUAUAUAUAUAAUAUAUUAUAUACAUAUGUAUGUAUACAUAAGAAAACAACUUAUCUGUCGUAUAGGCCGACUAUACCUUGUCACGGUGCAUGUAUAAAAAGAAAAAGUACCCAAAAAACUGUACAUUGCGUAGAUAAUUCAUUAAAAGUAUAAUAUUAUA